GCGCGUGCGGCACGACGACGUUCCUCUGUGCUGGCAGGAGGUAGGCGGACCUGUGUGUCUCCAUGGUAACCGUUUAGGCCGACCUGGAGGUCUCCAAGGCAACCCGGGGACUCAGCGGGUGUCAAUGAGGAAGCAAGCGAGGCCAAGAGGCUGCCAUCGUGGGCUACUGUGGAGAGGCAGGGGGUAGAGAGCUCGUUGAGUUGUGUAGCGCAAGAAGGUGGAAUGAAGACAGCCCCCCACCUGCAUGUGUCAGGGAAGGCACCCCUUGGUGGGAUUGGCCUCCGCCAUGGUGGCAAGCGGGACCGGAAGUCCAUCACCCUGCACGUGAAGUUGGAGGUGCUUCGGAGGUUUGAGAAGGGUGAAAAGCUGACACAGAUUGCCCGUGCUCUGGGACUGGCCACGUCCACUGUCGCCUCGAUCCGUGUCAACAGGGACAAGAUCUGGGCCAGUUCCCAGGCAGCCACGCCCGUCAUUGCCAAGCAGCUGACCCGCUGCCGCGGUGUGGUGAUGGGCCACAUGGAACGCUUGCUGAGCCUGUGGAUCGAGGAGCAGAAGCGACAGGACCUGCCUGUCAGCACGCUGCUCAUCCAGGACAAGGCACGCCAGCUCUUUGCACAGCUGCAGCACGAGCAGGGUGCCAGUGCCCAGGCUGAGACCUUCGGGGCCAGCAAUGGCUGGUUUGCCCGUUUUAAGGCACGCCACAAUGUGCUGUUGACGGAUGAGCCAGCUGUGGCUGAUGCCCAGGCUGCCGCCUGCUACCUCCCAGUGCUGCACACCAUUCUGGAAGAGGGCCGCUACUCACCUCACCAAGUCUUCAACGUGGAUGAGACGGGCCUGUUCUGGAAGCGGCUGCCCGAGCGCAUGCUGCUGGUGCUGGAGGGGGUGGCCAGCCCCGGGCCCAAAGCCCCUAAAGACCACCUGACCCUGCUGCUCGGAGGCAACGCAGCUGGUGACUUCAAGCUGAAGCCCCUGCUGGUGUACCCCUCAGAGAACCCGCGUGCACUCAAGGGCUGCUCCAAGGCCAGCCUGCCUGUGAUCUGGCGCUCCAACCGCAACGACUGGCUGACACCCAGCAUCUUCCAGGAGUGGUUUACUGGCUGCUUCUGCCCCGCCGUGGAGAGCUACUACACCAGCCACGGCCUCCCCCACCGUGUCCUGUUGCUCCUGGACGGUGCGCCCUGCCACCCUGCCGACCUGGGAAGCCUCUCAACCCACGUGCGCGUCGAGUUCCUCCCAAAGAACACAUCAGCCCUGAUCCAGCCCAUGAACCAGGGCGUCAUUGCGGCCUUCAAGGCCUGUUACCUGCGCCACACCCUUAGCCAGCUGGUCCAGGACACAGCUGGUGGAGACCGGCCCUCCGUGCAGGAGUUCUGGCGCAGCUAUACUGUCAUGACUGCAGUGGAUAACAUCGCCCAGGCCUGGGCAGACCUGCAGCCUGCUACCAUGAACAGUGCCUGGAGAAAGCUCUGGCCCCAGGGUGUGCCCGCCGGCCCUUCGGAACCUGAUGCCGUGCCCCAGCUCCACUGCAGCAUUAUAGCACUGGCCAGCCACGUGGGCCUUGGGGACAUGGCUGAGGCUGAUGUUGCUAGCCUGCUGCAGGCCCAUGUGGAGGCCCCACCCUGCAGGGUCCCCCAGGAUGCAGAGAAUGGGGAUCCAAAUGGCUCUCGGCUGCCCUGGGAGGCAGUGCAAGACCUGGCCCCCAAAAGACCAGAACUGGAUCUCACUGAGGCCAUGUACUGGUACAGGCCCCGCCCAAGGACCAGCGGUCUGGAGACCAGGCAGAGCCAGCCAAGCGCCUCAUGGAUGGAGCUCAGCAGGUCAGGGCCGUGGCUGCUGCAGAUGCGCUGAAAUCAGCUGGCACAGGGUGGGAACCGCAAAUAUUCUUUUGCGAUGUCCAGAGAGAACGAUGCGGAAGAGCUGCCUUCUCCCCGGCCUCCCACCUGAUAGAGGUCUCGGAGUGCCAGCCAGUGUGGAGGCGCCAAGCGGG